GUAUAUUUCUUCUUCUUCUUCUUCUUCUUCUUCCUCUAUUUUUCGACCAAUGAACACUCGAUAGCCGCGCCAUAUACAUGCUCUCCCACGCGCCGCCCCCGGCUGCAUCCCACCUCGCCAACACAAAGAGAGGAGAGAUCGGCUCGGAGCUCGAGGGAGGUCCCGAAGCCAUUCUAGGGCUUUCUCGAGACAUUUCUUGCGGCGGGAUUCCAUCUUCUGGGCCGUCGAUGAGUUAUUCGGUCGCUUCUUCGACUUCUUGGUCGCCGGACGCUUGCUGCCCCUCCUCGGACUUCUGGCUCGUUCGCUGGAGCGCGUAGGGUUCCAACGACUCGUGGGGCUUUUGGUGCUUCGAGUUCAGGUGACGGCAUUUCGUUAAAUUGUUUGAUUCCGUGGAGGCUGGGGCAGCGCCCGCGCUGGGUCUGCGGUUCGAAGGCUCGGGCGGUGGUGGAGCCCGUUGGGAGGGGUUGGAGGAGCGUGACGAGGAGAGCGGUUCUUGCCUCGGAUAUGGGGGCGGAGGUGGAGGUCGGGCAUUCCAGGUGUUUUCUUAGGCGGAAUGAAGAAGAGCUGCUUUCUUGCAUAAGGAAGAAAGUUGAAGCUGGAAAGCUUUCUUCAGAUAUUGCUACCAGACUAGAGGAACUAUUUUACAACUACCGCAAUGCUGUCAUGCAAAGCGGAGAUUCUAGUGCAAGCGAGAUCAUACUGUCAAAUAUGGCUGUUGCAUUUGAUUGUAUUCUCUUGGAUGUUGAGAAUCCCUUUAACUUUUCACCUUAUCAUAAGGCAGUACGAGAGCCUUUUGACUACUAUAUGUUUGGUCAAAAUUACUUCCAUCCGUUGGUAGAUUUCAGGACAUCAUAUAUUGGCAACCUCUCCCUUUUCUUUGACAUGGAAAAGAAGCUUAAGCAGGGCCAUAACAUUGUUUUGUUCUCCAAUCAUCAGACAGAAGCAGAUCCACCACUGAUCGCAUUAUUGCUUGAAAGAACAAAUCCAUAUCUUGCUGAAAAACUGGUUUUUGUGGCAGGAGACAGGGUUAUUACCGACCCACUUUCCAAGCCCUUCAGCAUGGGAAGAAAUCUUAUUUGUGUGUACUCAAAGAAGCACAUGCAUGAUGUUCCUGAGCUCGUUGAAAUGAAAAGGAGAGCAAAUACUCGAAGCCUCAAGGAGAUGGCUUUGCUUUUAAGGGGUGGAUCACAGAUAAUAUGGAUUGCACCAAGUGGUGGUAGGGACCGGCCAGAUCCACUCACAGGGAAAUGGCAUCCGGAGAUAGAGAGAGGACAUCAAGGUGUAGACCAUGUGGCAUCAUUUGAUGAAUCUUCAGUGGACAAUAUGAGGAGGCUUGUGGACCAUUCUGGUGUAAUGGGGCAUAUGUAUCCCCUAGCGUUGCUGUGUUAUGAGGUCAUGCCUCCACCACCAGAGGUAGAAAAGCAAAUUGGUGAGAGGAGAAAAAUUUCUUUUCAUGGAAUUGGGUUAUCUGUGGCUCCAGAAAUUAACUUUGAUGAUAUUGCUAGUGGUUGUGAGAAUGCUGAAGAGGCUAAGAAGGCUUUUGUUUGGGCAUUGUAUGGUCCUGUAAUUGAACAAUACAGUGUGCUUGAGUCUGCUAUAUAUGGAUAUCAAGGUCUUAAUGCAUCAAACUCCAUCAUCUCACUUUCACGGCCGUGGUCAUGAAUCUAUUGUUUGGAGCCAUUGGAUAGCAUAAAUACUGAGCUGCUUCAGACAUCUACAGCUUUUUGGAUGGGAGCACAAAUUUUCCUAUUGCAGUAAAGGUAAGGGCUUUGUUGUUCUCAAGUUAACUCAUGAUGAACUUGCUUUCACAAACUACUCAAGGGGACUGCAUCUAUAGGCAAAUAAGCUGUGGUGCAUUGACGAGGAGCAAGGGGUCAUUUUUCUUUUCCCUGUUAGAUUGCAAUUUACAUCAAACUGCCGGAUCAUACUUGGAUGCAUAUUGUAGUCAGGUUACCUGCAGAGGAGGUGCCGUCUCCUUUUGGUAGCUCCAGCAACAAAAGACAUUAUAAGUCUAGCUGGUGCCUUGCUUCGCUUUCUUCCCAACAACCCUAUCCUUGGCACUAACCUCUUCUGUAAGAAAACAAUUACAGCAGAGACAUACCUCUUGUUUCAGAUGUCAGGAGACUCGGAACUUCAAAGGCAUGAACUAUUACAACAAUUCAAAUACCUGACACAUAUUACUAAAUCCAUCGUGGUCAAGCUCCUUUUGUACAAAUGUACUCUGUAUUUGCCCAUGCAUCAUACUCCGCAAUUUUUGCUGCUUGUAUUGAGGUGCUGCAAUCCAAUUUCUUCUUAUUAAGCUCA